AUGGCCUUGGUCGAGGAUUCUUUUGCUCUGAUUCACGAAAAACAAAUUAUGCUACCCUUAUUGGUACUCAGUAUCACUGCCUAUGCCACUCUCUGGCUCGUACGAGAGGUCUGGGAUCCCUUGAGAAGCGUCCCGGGCCCUACUACGGCACGCUACACAGCCCUGUGGUAUUUCCACAAGGUAUUUAGAGGAGAUUUCCAUCAUGAAAAUAUCAAGUUGCAUGAAGAACAUGGGAAAAUUGUCCGUGUCGCGCCAAACAUGUACAGCAUUAACGAUCUUGAAUCCGCCAAGCUAAUCUACGGCCACGGAACCAAGUUCCUGAAAGCAGACUGGUACUCUGCCUGGACAGCCCCUGCGGUAUGGACUGUGAACCUAUUCGCGAUGCAAGAUGUGAAGGCGCAUGGGGUUGCUCGGCGCCAGCUGGCUAACUAUUACUCGAUGUCGUCGAUGGUUCACUAUGAGAGCUAUGUGGAUGAAUGCGUCCGGAUCUUCUGCGGGAAGCUGGAGGGGUUCUCGAAAAGUAAGCAGUCCAUAAAUAUGGGUACUUGGUUGCAAUACUACGCUUUUGAUGUUAUUACCAAUAUCACGUUCGGCAAAUCAUUCGGUUAUCUUGAAAAGGCAAAAGAUAUCGAUAACAUGAUUGCGAAACUCGAUCAAAGCAAUCUAUAUAGCGCCCUAGCCGGUCUUUUUCCCUCAGUCCACGCCAUCGUCGUUCGUCUCGCAGGGUCCCCGGCGCAGGAAAUGAUUGACUAUAUACAAGAGUUGAUCACCGUGCGUAAGACAAAGACAACGAUCACUCAAGGUGGCGACUCGGAGCCUCCUCACAGCGAAAAACGUACAGAAGACUUUCUUGGGAAGUUCUUAGCAGCCCACAACCGGGACCCUUCUUCCUUCACCUCCACGCACCUUCUUUUUGGAUGUGUGCAGAACAUUUUUGCGGGGAGCGAUACAACAGCCAUCGCGCUGUCGUCGAUAAUCUUUUAUCUAACGCAGAAUCCGCGCUGCCUGGCAGAACUGCGUGAGGAGAUCAUCAGUGCUGCAAGGGAGGGGAGCAUCUCAGACCCCGUGACUUUCGUGCAGAGUCAAAACCUCCGCUAUCUGCAGGCUGUGAUCAAAGAGGCUCUGCGCAUGAACCCGGCAGUGGGGUUGCCUCUUGUUCGCGUUGUGCCUGCAGGGGGUGUCAUGCUGUGUGGGAAGUACUUUCCAGAAGGUACGGUAGUAGGAAUCAAUCCAUGGGUGGCACACUAUAAUUAUUCGAUCUUCGGCAAUGACGCGAAUAUAUUUCGACCAGAGCGCUGGUUGAGCGAAGACUCACACGCCAUGGAACGAUAUUUCAUGCCGUUCGGCCAGGGAUCUAGAACUUGUAUUGGGAAGAAUAUCAGCUUGCUUGAAAUUGGCAAGCUGAUCCCACAGCUAGUAAGGAAUUUUGACUUUGAGCUUGCGGGUCGGCAGGAUAGGCUGGUUGGGCAAAAUCAUUGGUUUGUUAAACCGCAGGGGUUCGACGUAAUACCUCUUAAACUCUGA